GUUUACGUUCAAAAAUAUCGGUAGAAACGUGGUUACAACCAGUGGAAAGUCCCUUACAUUUGUGUUCUCUGUUUCUCCGCCUUCGUUUCAUCGCCAACUUCGCAGUUGCAAAAUGUCAAUAAGUUAUACAACGCUGAAAAAGUGAAACAAUGAGGGGAUUACCCUAAAGUGCUUGGUUAAAAUUAUUGUAAAUAUUUGUCUGUAUUGGCCUUAAAGUGCAAGUGUUUUAUUUUUUAAGGUCGUUUUUAGUUUUAAAUAGUGCGCUCUUUGGGUUUAACGGUUGAAUAUAGCGCCCAGCGUUUUAUAGGUUAUGAAUGCUUGAAUUGGAUUUAACGGGUUUGUGCGGUUUAGAAGUUGUAUAAAAUCGCAUAGAAUUACCUGUAAACAACGCAAGGAGUUAUAAUUGUUGCAUUAUUCGAAGAAAGUUGUUAAAAUUAAACAUGGAGUCCACCACUAGCACUGCGAGCACAGCUCCGAAGGAGGGCAAAUUCAUAAUGGUCAAAGGCAAGAAAAUCAAAAUCCUCGCGAAAUCGGAACUACCGAACAGUCAAAUAAUGAAAAUCGGACUGACUUCGCCGAAAGAUAAAACUCUCAAAUUCAAAAUACUCCAAAACCUGUUGAAUUGCGAAUCUCCCAAACCCGUUUCGGACGUAGAUAAGCAAACGCCGGCUCAAACUGCUCGAGCAAUCGACAAAAAAGCUCUCAGUGAUACCCACACCGUCGCAGCGAAACCAACUGAUAAGUGCACUGAUAACAAAAUGGUUCGAUUGAACGGCAAACGGAUCAUAGCCGCCUUGGAUUCGGCGCCCAAGCAACCUUUGAAAAUCGACAGGGCCAUCCAGACGGAAACGGCCACCUGCGAUGCGGCCACCCAAAAGGACACCACCUUCGAUCUGGAGGCUCUCUUGGCGGACUCGGAGGACUUUUCGCUGCUGAUGGACGACAGCCUGCUGAGAUCGCCCAGGAAAAUCGAGUCGCCUAUGAUGGCUGACUUGAACAGCACCCUUCACCACACCGGCUUCGACAACCCGGGCUCCGCCGUGAAGCAGAAACAAGAGAUAUUCUUCAGAGAAUUGAGAUCUGCGCUGCAAUGCGACGAUAAAGGCAACCUGCCAAUACACAUCGGUGUGCUUACGAACGAUCUGAAAAUAGUCAAAAGGAAUUGCUUCCUGCUGAAAAUCCUGAAACAAAGCAUCGACAUGCCUAACGGUAGCGGAUCGACUCCUCUGCAAUUGAGCAUAGUGUACGAGGCAUCUCUGAAUAUAAUCCAGUGCCUGUUGGAAGAGGGCGCACAGGUGCACCAGUGCGACGUGGAAGGGAACAAUAUUUUGCAUUACGCAGUGGAGUACCGAAGGAAGGAGGCGCUGAAAAUGUUGCUGCACAACAGCCUGAGAGCGGACCUCUCUAUCGACCAACACAAUAACGAAGGUCUGACGCCGCUGAUGCUGUGCUGCCUGAACAGAAACUACGAUUGCGCCGAAGUCUUGCUCGAAGCCUCUGCGGAUCCCAACGUCAAAGAUCAAAUAUCCGGAAAGACUCCUCUGUUUCACGCCGUAGAACUGUUCGAUGUGGGCAUGGUGGAGUUGCUGCUGCAGUUCAGCGCGUGCACGAAGAUCAAGAACUUCUUCGGGACGAGCCCGCACGACGCCGUCUACGAAAUCGAAGACAUUCCGGACACGAUCAAGUACUUGAUAUUGAAGAAAACGUCGAAACGAAAGGCGCCCGACGAGCCGGGCAGGCGAUCGCAGAAGGCGCCCGUGCAACUGUUGGAAAAGAAGAAAGUGAAGGUGUUGAGGACGUACGCGAGAUUCGAGCGGAUAUCGCCCGCGAAUUUCAAGAAAACCCCCCGCAAUUACCUGGCUAAUCGCCUGGCCGCGUCGCCUAUCGGGUAAUAUUUUUCGUACGUUUGUUUAUUGUAUAUAUGGAGUUUAGGAGAUAUGAUAUUUUUUAUUAGUUUAACUGAGGGUUUCGUGUGGAACCUCGCCGCUUGGUUAAGUAUAUAGGAAUUUUGGGUAGUAUGUUUUUUAAUUCUUACGUUGCGUUAAGUGAAGCAAUGAAUUUCAUUUUCGAUCGCCUUCGGCGACAUCCGGUUCGUUGCUUUGUAAAUAUCGAAUACUUAUUUAGUUCUUAAUUACGUUAGAGGGCAAGAAAACUAUCAUAUUAUAUGAUUCUCAUUUGAUAACGUAAAAAAAACUGUUUAAAUGCUCCUUGCGAGCAGUGAAGAUCAAUUUCUGUUCAAAUAUAUCUGUGAUUAAUUGAAAUACUUAUUUAAAUUGAAACAAUGAAAGUUCACGAAGUUCCUUCGCCGAUUUUUUUGUCAUGUAUAUAUCAGGAUAGUUAAUUAAACUAUUUUCGCUUAAUUAGGGUAAUUAUUUUAUUGUAAAUAAUAAUUUAGUGGUAUUGGUUCAAUUGAACAAAUUGCAAAACUUAAUAAGCUGGAAAUAUUUUGAUAUAUUUUGUGGGAUUUUGUAUUGUUUUACACGCUUUGUUCUAAAUUAAUUAUACCCAUUUUGAUUAUUAAGUUUAUUUAUUAUUUCAGCAAAUUAAUAAAAUUGUAUAUGAACUGUUACCUGCGGAUAAGCCACUGUUUUCAGUAAGUUAUUUGUAAUUGAAGUAUUUAAUAAAAGUAGAUUUAUUUCACGAUAUCAAUUAUCCUAUCUACCCAUCG